UCCUUUCUAUAUUUCAUAUUUUCUACUGCCUAUCAAAGUAUAUACUUACUUAUUUGCUGAUCAAUUUUGACAUUUUAUAAUAAAUUUUUAACAGAAACGUCAUAAGAAUACACAUACAUAUACAUAAUGGGUAAUGAAAGCUCGUUGCCUAUGGAACUAUGUUCCAAUUUUGAUGUUGAUGAAAUUAGAAGAUUAGGAAAACGAUUUCGGAAGUUAGAUUUAGAUAAUAGUGGUGCUUUAAGCAUUGAUGAGUUUAUGUCAUUGCCAGAAUUACAACAAAAUCCUUUAGUACAACGUGUUAUAGAUAUAUUCGAUGCUGAUGGUAAUGGAGAAGUAGAUUUUAAAGAAUUUAUUCAUGGUGUUUCUCAAUUCAGUGUUAAGGGAGAUAAAGAAAGUAAAUUAAGAUUUGCAUUUAGAAUUUAUGAUAUGGAUAAUGAUGGUUUUAUAAGCAAUGGAGAAUUAUUUCAAGUAUUAAAAAUGAUGGUUGGUAAUAACUUGAAAGAUACACAGUUACAACAAAUUGUUGAUAAAACAAUAUUAUUUGCUGAUAAGGAUGAAGAUGGCAAAAUUAGUUUCGAAGAAUUUUGUUCUGUUGUUGGUAAUACAGAUAUUCAUAAGAAAAUGGUGGUUGAUGUUUAAAUUAUCAAGUUUAUGAGAAAAAAGAUAUUA